UCCACCCCACCGUCAGUCGGCGCUCCUAGGCUGCGGUGGCCGUCCGGCUCCUGUGCUCCAUUAUCUCUCAGUUUCGGACGGGCUCCUCCGGCUUUGCGCGUUGCGAGGGAGUAUGGAGGCGGUGCCGCCGACGCUGCGGCCGCCGGUGGCUCGCAGGCUGUGAUGGGCGACUUGCACGUUUCCAGGCCUGAUGAUUCAACGUCACUUAAUACAAGAGGAAUGACUACGUGAAUUGACAGCAAUUUCCUGUCACUGUCAUGAAGUUUAUUGGAGUACUUUGCAAUCUGUACUGGAAUGUUUCAUCCUAUUUGAGAUUUUUUUCUAAAUGAACGACGAGAAAGAAAUGCAAUCCUUCAUAAAGGAUCAACUCUAUUAAAUUUUAAUCCCUGAAGAACCGAAGUUGUGUAAUACACCUGAAUCCAUCUGACCAAAAGCAAUAGAAUAAUCAUGGCUUCAGUGUGGAAACGAUUACAACGUGUAGGGAAACAUGCAUCCAAGUUCCAGUUUGUGGCUUCAUACCAAGAAUUAAUGGUGGAGUGCACAAAGAAAUGGCAACCUGACAAACUUGUGGUGGUUUGGACGAGAAGAAGCAGACGGAAAUCAUCUAAGAUUCAUAGUUGGCAACCGGGAAUUAAAAACCCAUAUCGAGGAGUUGUGGUAUGGCCGGUUCCCGAAAACAUUGAAAUCACUGUGACACUUUUCAAGGAUCCUCAUGCUGAGGAAUUUGAAGACAAAGAGUGGACAUUUGUUAUAGAAAAUGAGUCACCUUCGGGCCGUAGGAAAGCCCUCGCCACCAGUAGCAUUAACAUGAAGCAGUAUGCCAGCCCCAUGCCCACACAGACAGAUGUAAAGCUGAAAUUCAAGCCUUUAUCUAAAAAAAUUGUUGCUGCCACACUGCAAUUUUCUUUAUCUUGCAUUUUCCUGAGGGAAGGCAAAGCAACGGAUGAGGAUAUGCAAAGCCUGGCUAGUUUAAUGAGUAUGAAACAAGCUGACAUUGGAAACUUGGAUGACUUUGAGGAAGAAAAUGAAGAUGAUGAAGAAAACAGAGUGAAUCAAGAAGAAAAGUCAGCAAAAAUUACAGAGAUAGUAAACCAGUUGAAUGCUCUGAGCAGCUUAGAUGAAGAACAAGAUGACUGCCUAAAACAAGCAAAUAAGCCUGCAGCUAAAUCAACCAGUUCUUCUGAAGAACUUAUCAAUAAACUCAACUUUUUGGAAGAUGACCCAUCUGUCACAAGACUUAAUCCGUUUGAAGAGGUUGAUGCGCAGGGAUCAAACCCAUUUGGAGACCCAGAUGAUGAUCCUGAUAUUGAAGACAGAAACAUCGGAACAACAUCUGCUGCAAGACCAGAAGGAUUCUUCUUUGAUAAUGACCCUAGCAACCCUUUUAAUGAACAAGAGUAUGAUGACUCCCUCAAUCCAUUUGAUGUAAAUGAUCCUCAGCACGACAGGAUUCUUGAAAAUAGGACAGAACAGUCAGAGCCACCAAAACCAGCAAAAAGGCAGAAUGUCAAACCUGUGGACAUGAGCAAGUAUCUCUAUGCUGAAACAACCAAACCAGAGGAGGAAGAAUUAGAUGAAUCUAAUCCAUUCUAUGAGCCGAAGGCAUCAAAUACUACAAGGAAUCAGCCCACAUUAGUGACAGCUUCAGUACAGCAGCAUGAGACAGAAAAAAGGACAAAAAGGAAAGCUCCAUCACCUCCAGUUCCUGACACUAAACCCACACCAAAGACAGAAACUGUAAAGGCGCAAAUGAAGCUUGCUGUUGUGAAGGAUCUAACUACUUCACCAAAGCCAAGCCCGAUCCCGAGCCCAGUUCUGGGGAAAAAGCCAAAUGCUACUCAAUCACUGCUUGCCUGGUGCAAAGAGGUGACAAAAAACUACAGAGGAGUGAAAAUUACAAAUUUCACCACCUCAUGGAGAAAUGGACUGGCUUUCUGUGCUAUUCUGCAUCAUUUCCGAUCAGACUUAAUUGACUACAAAUCUCUGAAUCCUCAAGAUAUUAAAGAAAACAAUAAAAAGGCUUAUGAUGGCUUUGCAAGCUUGGGAAUAUCACGAUUGUUGGAGCCUGCAGAUAUGGUUUUGUUGGCCAUUCCUGAUAAACUGUCUGUUAUGACCUACCUUUAUCAAAUAAGGGCACAUUUCAGUGGGGAGGAACUAAAUGUUGUGCAGAUUGAAGAAAAUAGCAGUAAAAGCAAAUACAAAGUUGGUAACUUUGAAACUGAUACAAACAGCUCUAUUGAUCAGGAGCAAUUUUAUGCAGAGAUAAAUGAAGUUAAACCAGCUGCACAGCAACCUAGUGAUGAAUUACUUGAUGCUUCAUCUCAGGAAGACCCUAUAUUCAUCAAUGAUGCUAUUGGCAAGUCACAAAGUCAACAUCAAAUGACUGAUGGCCAUUUUAAUAUAAAUGCAGCGAUAUCUUCCUCACAAAGGACUAAAACUGAUCCUGAGGCACAAAAUUAUAACCCUCAUGAACAGAAUACUGUAAAAAGUUCUGUGUUGGAGGAUAACAGCAAAAGUGAAAGCACAGAAGAAUCACUGCCACAAGCACAAGCACUGCCAUCAUUAAACAAAAGAAAACUAUUGAAGGUAGAUACUAUCGUCUUAAAUGACUUGUCAAAUGACAGUGAUCAAAAGGAAUAUAAAGAACCAUCACUUGUACAUGAAGAUACUGUAACAGAAAGACACAAGAGUUCAAGCAACACUAGUAGUAGCUAUGAACAUGAGCACAGGAAGCCUCCGUAUUCAGACAGUACAGAGAGCAGAAGUUCAGAACCCAGUUCUCCUGUUCGAAGAUCCAUCACACCUCCAGUUCAUAAACUGGGUUUCUGUUACAACAGGGAUGCAGAUCUCAUCAAGAAAAAACGUGCAGCGUUGCGGUACUCAGAAAAUGAAACAUCAGCAGAAAAUGUCAGCAUGUGUUUGAAUCAUUCAGGUCAACAGAACCAAAAUGUAGAGCUCAACUCUUCCAAACAAACAGAAGAAGUCACUGAAGAAAAGAGGAUAGCAACAAGGCAAGAAGAACUUAAAGAGCGAGCAAGACUUCUUCUGGAGCAAGCAAGGAGAGAUGCAGCUUUAAAAGCAGGAAAUAAACAACUGGCCUUCCAAUCAAUCGCACCAACUCAAAACAAGCAUUUGAGUGAGUAUCAAGAUGAAGAGCGACGACGUCAGUUGAGAGAGAGAGCUCGUCAGUUAAUUGCAGAAGCUCGAUCUGGUGUUAAGAUGUCUGAUCUCCCAAGCUACAAUGAACUGUCUACAGAAAAAUUGAGGGAAAGAUCAAAGACUGCUGGAGAUGAUAAUGCUGGGGUAGAUACUAAUGAGGAAGGCCCUAUUUUGGGAGGUGGAGAGGAACACACUAACAAUGAAACUGACCUUGAUUCUUUUGGUCAAAAUAGCAGGUUGGUUGACAUGAAGCUUAAGAAACUCUUAGACGCGCAACCGCAGGUGGCAAAUUCACUUUCGACUGCUGUUCAGAAAGCUUCAGUUGAUGGUGUGGCACAAGAAGAACUGAAGAAUGAAAUGGAAGAUCAUCGAGCUGAGCGAUUGCGUAAAGCUACCGAACGUUUGCGGAGUCCUGUGAUGUUCAGUAAAGAUUCAGCUGUGAGACGAACUCAUCUUCAGUCAUUUAGUCAGUAUGUGGAAAGCAGACCAGAGAUUAAAAGGCAGAGAUCAAUACCAGAAGAUGCAAAGAAAGGAAAUGAGGAGAGGAUGGAAAUAUGUGAAACAACUCCAAGAAAGCCAUCGGAAGAUGAAGUAUUUAGUAAAGGGUUCAAAGACACGAGUCAGUAUGUUGUCGGAGAAUUGGCAGCGCUGGAGAAUGAGCAGAAACAAAUUGACACACGGGCCGCAGUAGUGGAGAAGCACCUUCGCUAUCUCAUGGACACAGGAAACAAUAAAGAGAAGGAGGAAGCAAUGAUGCAAGAGUGGUUCGUAUUGGUGAACAAGAAGAAUGCCCUGAUAAGACGUCAAAACCAACUUUCACUUUUGGAAAAAGAACACGAUCUUGAAAGACGCUUUGAGCUGCUAAAUAGAGAACUACGAGCUAUGCUUGCAAUAGAAGAUUGGCAAAAAACGGAAGCACAGAAGCGGCGCGAACAGCUUUUGCUGGAUGAACUAGUUAUUCUGGUUAACAAACGGGAUGCACUUGUCCGAGAUUUGGACGCGCAGGAGAAACAGGCAGAAGAAGAAGAUGAACAUUUGGAACGAACUCUCGAACAAAACAAAGGCAAAAUCGUCAAGAAAGAAGAUAAAUGUGUACUUCAGUGAGACUACACAAAACGUGGACCUAUCUCACGUAGAACUCUUAUCGUCAUACUUUAAUAAAGCAUUGCGAUGGCAUUUGAAUGAUACAAUGUCAAAUGUAUGGUCGUAAAUUCUGUACUGUUUUAUGUUGACAGCAUUUAAUCGUCUUAAAGCCGUACGUCCGUGUAUUUGGCUGCAUUCAUUGCUUUUAUGAAAUUGUAUUUUGUAAAAAAAACUGAGUGUAAUUGUUUUAUUUGUAUCAGUGUCAUUUGAUCUUUAUCCGAUAUAGUUGGGAAAUAUCUGUACCAAAGGAAAAAUUGUUACAAAUGUAGCAGGAUUGUUAACUUUUUCCUUUAGUGCGGAGAUUUAGUUUUAACGCUGCUUCACAUAGUUUGCGGCUGAUUUGCUUUCGAAUAGAUUUUUUAAAAUCAGUUUUGGAAUACUAUAGCCCAGAAAGGAAGAUCUGGGAGGGUUAACAAUAACCAUCCUCCAGGUGGAGUGGGUUUUAAACCGCAAUUAUGUCAUGCAGAAUUGGGCCGAAGCAAGUUCAGAAUCCACAGGUUUCCCAGUGGAAGUUGGACAGAUUUGUCGCUAGCUUCUUUGUACUUCCAAAAUACUUUGGAUUGUAACUUUUCGGCUGCUUCACGUUUUAAAAUUCUAGAACAAAUAUGUAAACGUCUAAAUGUUGAUGCUUGCUAGUUGCUGCAUUUCAAAAAAUGAAAGGUUUUCAUUGGGAAGUUGAACGUUUCAUUUGAGCUAUAGAGUCGAUGGAGAUCUCAAUUAUAUAAAUAUAUAAAUAGCAAGAUUAUACAGAACGGCCACGUUGUAAAUGAUGUUCUCUAAAGCUAGUUUUAGUUGGAACUCUUAAAAGGGCUGAUAAACGAGCACCAAUUAGUGAAAUUGACCCUCUCAUGUUUUAGGGGCGUGUAUUUAUUACCCUGAACAACGCACUAUAUAAUUGCUUGAGUUCCAGCUUUUUGCUGAAAUAGAGGCCGGUGUUAUUUGUACUGAAAGGAAAACAAUUCUCUUGGAUCCCAAAAUUGCCUUCAGUGCAAAUUUCUGCGCAAGUCUGAGGUCCGAUGCUGUCUGUGGGAAGAAAUAUUUCUGUUUAUUUAUUCCAGGGUCAUUAUGAAUCCUCAAUAAAAAGUGAACAUUUAAGUGUUUCAUAACGGAAAAGAUUAAUCUUUAUACCAACAACUGUCCAUAACCCUCUGUAUAGUGUGCGUUUGAGAUUUUUAGGUGAGCAUUGUCGCUGAAUAUAAGGUGGGGUGGAGGUGUGGUUGUUCUGUGGAGCAGAGAUAACUGACUUGGAGCACGAUAUACUUUAAAUGGGACCUAUCUAAUGCGUUACUGACGUUGACGUUGUCCUUCAUUCUAGUCCAACCAAUGAACUUAAGUUUGACAAUUGUAUAUCAGCAAUUACAUUUUGGUCCGUAAAGGUCAAGGUUUCGAUUUAAUUAUAAACAAAUACAAUCAUUCUGAAAUAUCGGCAGAUUUACACGAGAGAUAAAGCUGAAUACCCGCUGCUUCCUGCUGGUAAUCUCUCGUGGUAAAUAACGCUCUUCCUUCCCCAGUUUCCUGUUAACUCGUUCAUGAGCAUUCAACUCUCAGCAGUGAGAAUAUUUAAUAACGUUUGAUCAAAAAUUGGAGGGGUAAGAAAUCAUUGGUCCAAAUCUAAAAUGCACUUUUGGUCGAAGGUAAAGAAAGAUAAAAAGCGCGGCUCUACUUUCCUUGCAGCACCGGAAAAAUAACACUCUGGAAUCAGUUGCCUUUCGUCCGGUUUUUCACUCGGCCCGAUGAGAUGUCUAUCACUCAGCCAGUAUACAGGUAAACCAAUUCAACUGCAACCACUAAGGGUUUAUAUUAUGCUUUUCAGACCCUGGAUGUUAAGUGCAAUCGAUCUUGAUUGAAUAGAUUUCAAUUAAUGUGUUAACAUUUUAAAUUGCACCAUAACAUUAUUCUUUAUCUUUAUAUCAAUCAUUAUUUAUUUGAAAUAAGGCUAAUAAAAUGGUAUAAAAUAUUUUGCA